CCAACAUCGGCAUCAUAAAGCAGGCACGUCACAACGGCCUCCGUUCAAUUCGCCUUAUAAUAGCCCCAACGAAACACCCUUUCGUGUCCAGUCUCCGCUCAAGUCCGGCUACCUGUACGUCUCUCUCGUGUGUCCGAGCACCUGAAGGUGUACGCGCGAGUCUUGCUAUCGGGGUGAAUUCGUCUCUUGUGUGUGUGUGCGUGUGCGUGCGUGUGUCUGACUAGCCCGCGUUGAUUGACUCCUCUGUUUGCCUACCCGUGUGCAUGGCUGCUUAGUCUCACCAUAAACUUGACAUCUCUCGCUGAGUCCGCAGCCAGCUCACAAUCCCACCACCAACAUCACCACCACCAAACACCACCACCGCCCUCUCGCGACGUUCGCCUUUGGACCUGGGAGGAGGAGGAGCAAGAGAAAGACGAGCAGGGGGAUCAAGCAGGAGAGGAGGAGGAGAGGAGAUCUCAGGCAUCAUGAUGGAGUGGUCUCUGGUUCGGCUCUUGGGAGCCGCCCUGCUCUGCUUGGCUCCGCGGGGAGGCGCCGCUGUUGGGGUCGGCCCCUGCCUCGGCGUGGACCAGCUGAGCGACCCCGUGGCACAGUUCCUUUGCUCUCGGGCCUGUAACGGUGACUGCGGAGCCUGGCUCUUGCCUGAGCGCGCCGCCCUAAUGGAGGAGGCGGAUGCCGCCCGGGGAGCCCAAGGCGAGCGGCCGGGCCCGGAGGCCUGGGGCCAGCAGGCUGGCAAUGACGAGGUGGUGGACGACGAGGUGGUGGACGACGAGGUGAUGGAGGACGAGGAGGAGCCACUGAGGCGCUCCCUGGGCUACGCCGUGGGGCACUUUCGGUGGGGCAAGCCGGCGAACCGCAAGAAACGGCCCGUGAAGGUCUUUGUGGAGCCCGGCUCGGAAGACUCUCAAGAUCUCUCCGAGAGAGCCAUCAUCUCAAACAAUGACCUACAGCCACAUCAACACGAACAACAACAACAUCAUCAACAGCAGCAGCAGCAACAUCGCCACCACCAAGUCGAGCAGAACGGUUUCACUGCAGCCGAAGCGUCCCGUGCGAUCGCCUCCUCCUGGCCCUGGAUCCUUUCGCCCGGGGCCGUUCCUAUGGCCGGUGCCGCCGGGAUAGGCGGGCCUGUGAGGUCUCAAGACGAAGUGGGGCUUGGGCCGCGGCGACAGAGUAAGCGCUACGGAGGUUUCCACGUCCACGGCGAGCCUCCGGCUGCCAAGACACCCCUCAUGGUGCUGUUUAAGAUGUUCAAAGGCAGGGAUGGGAAGUCUCAAUAAAUCGGGUGGGCGCUGGAGGGAUAGUAACGAUGGAUGAAUAAAUAAAUAAGGAACUGGAAACUCA